CAGUGUGUUAGAGGCUGCAGGAGAACAAACCACAGUCACCAUGAAGCUGGGGUGUGUCCUUACAGCCAGUGCCUUCCACUUUUUUCUUCUUAUGCUGUGGGCAGCCCAUAUAUUUUUGGCUGCCUGCUUUGAGACACUGCAGCGCGAGGGACCUGCCGGUGCCCAGGACAGUGGCUGCCACAUCGAGGACGACUUGACUGACCCAAGGGACGUGGACUUCCAUUUCAGGGGCUACACCUUUAGUGAGCCCUUCCACCUGAUUGUAUCCUACGACUGGCUGAUCCUCCGAAGUCCAGCCCUGCCCAUAUUUGAAGGGGACCCGCUGAUUCUAUACUGCCAGGCCUGGCAAGACUGGCCACUGACCCAGAUUACCUUCUACCGAGAUGGCUCAGCCUUGGGUCCCCCUGGACCUCACAGGGAGUUCUCCAUCGCCGUGGCACAAGAGGGAGACAGUGGAUACUACCACUGCAGUGGUGUCUUCAAAAGCCCUGGUCCUGGGAGUCCAGAAACGGCCUCUUCUGUGGCUAUCACCAUCCAAGAACUGUUUCCGGCCCCAGUUCUCAGAGCCACGCCUUCAGCGGAGCCCACAGAAGGAGGCCUGGUGACCCUGAGCUGUCAGACAAAGCUGUCCCCUCAGAGGUCAGCUCUCCGCCUCUACUUCUCCUUCUACAAGGACGGCAAGAUGGUGCGUGGCCGUGACCUUUCCUCAGAAUUCCAGAUUCCCACUACAUCUGGGGCACACUUGGGGUCCUACUGGUGUGAGGCAGCCACCGAGGACAGCCAUGUGUGGAAACAGAGUCCCGAGCUGGAGCUCAGGGUGCAGGGUCCCUCCAAAUCUGCUGCACCCUCCAGCUUGAAUCCAGCUUCCCAGGAAUCAGCUGCUCCAAAAGCCACUCCUCCAGAGCCCCCCAACUCUCUGCCUCCACCAUCUGUCCCUUCCUCUGAGGACCCAAGCUUCUCUUCUCCCCUGCAAGUGCCAGACCCCCACCUGUACCACCAGAUGGGUGUUCUUCUCAAAGAGAUGCAGGAUGUAAGAGUUCUCCUGGGCUACCUGGUGAAGGAGCUGAGGACCCUGUCCCAUCGCCUGAAGUUGGAGUCCCCAGAGAGUCCUGCCAAGGAAAUGUAA